CCUCACUGGCUGCGCAGGUGCGGCCAGAGCGGAGGAAGCGGCGCGCUGGCGGCUCCACACGGGUAUUCGUGACGAAUCAUCAUGUCUUCAUCAGAAAAGAACGCUGUGAUCACGCCAGCCUGGGUGGACGAGAAAUUCGUAAAGGAAGCGCUCAGUGAAGCGGAGGGCAAGCAGAUAGCAGAGGUGUCGUGUGUGAGGGUGGAGCCGGCGGUGAAGCCGGGGGCCAACUUCAUGAGCUCGCUGCUGCGGCUGUCGUGCGAGGUGCGGCUGGCCGGCGGCGGCGCGGCGGAGGCGCGCAGUCUUGUGCUCAAGGUGGGGCUGGGUGCGGGGCCCAUGGCCGACCUGGCCGAGGAGGCACAGGUGUUCGAGCGCGAGGCGCGCGUCUACCAGGAGCUGCUGCCGCGGGCUGAGGAGGCGCUGCGGGCGGUGGAGGGGGGCGGCGGCGGCGAGUGGCGGCCGCUGGCGCCGCGCACCCUGGGGGCGGCGACCGGGGGCGACGGCCGGCCCGCCUGGCUGCUGCUGGAGGACUUGCGCGCAAGCGGCUUCCGCACGCAGCCACCCGGCGCGGGGCUGGACCGCGCGCACUGCUCGCUGGGCCUGCGCGCUCUGGCGCGCCUCCACGCCGCCUCCGCGCGCCUGCUGGAGGACUCGCCCCCGCUGCGGACGGACGCGCUGUUCUUGCGGUCGCCGCUGACGAGCCGCGAGGCCUGUGACCAGUUGGCCAGCAUCGUGCCGCGUCACGCGCUCGCCCUCUCCGCCGCCCUCGCCGCCAGCGGACGGGGCGGCCUAGCCGACAGGUACGAGGCGGCGGCCGAGCGCAUCGUGGGCCGCCUCAGGCAGCUGGACGGCAGCGGCCCGCCGGCGCUGCAGGUGUUGCUGCACGGCGACGUCUGGAAGAACAACUUCCUCUUCCGCUACUCGGGCCAGCAGCCCACCGACGUCCGCCUACUCGACUUCCAGAUGGUGAACAUUGGAGCUCCCACGAUAGAUGUGGUGCACUUCCUGUACGCAAACGCCAGCGAGGAAACCCACCGCCAGCACCUGGAGCAGCUGGUGUCUGAGUACCACGGCACACUGCAGGCCACCUUGAAGGCGCUGGGGCUGCACCAGCAAGCUGACGCCUACCCACUGCAGGAGCUCCGGAGGGACAUGGACCGCUGCGCUCCCAUCGCCCUUCAUUGCGCAAUCCUCAUGGGCGUCAUACUCGGGGUGGAGGCCCACGGAGUCGACAUACAACAGAGCUACAGCAGCGAAGACAAGCAAGCUGAAAUACUCACCAAGGUUUACAGCAACCCUACAUACCUCAGUUGCAUCGAAUACUUGUCUCCUCACUUUCAGAAGCAGGGCGUGCUCUAGUUGACCGUAAACUCGCGUACAAAAUGUUUCUUCGACUGAGGUACAAGUAAUAUUAAUGAAAAAUGUUUCGACUUACGCGCCCAAUUGCCCAAAGACAAAUAUUAGUUCAAUAUUUUUGACUAUCUUAGAUUAAAUUUAAAUUGUAAUAUCCAUGUUGUCUACAUCUUGCUCUACAUCAUUGGGGAGAAAUAAGAUUGCACCACAAAGCAACUUAAUUCUUGGAGGGCACCAUACCGUAAGAAAACUGAAAUCAAUGCGCAUACAGUGCAACGUGUUGAUAUGUUCUGUGAGAAGAAAUGGGCACUGACUGCUCCAUUAGACCACCUAACAAAGUUUAAAAAAUUCUUGUAAAUGAAAAUGCUAGCAUUCUGUCUUGUGUAUGCUGCAGGUGAGUAGUGUGUACAGAAUGUUUAGUUAAAUUAAAAUGUACAGUGGAAUUGAUUACGCAAUGGCAGUGAAAUGUUAAAGUUCAUCAGCUGCUUCAGUUACAAGAAUUACUGUAGCUAUGUAGAUCAAGUACCAAUUUUUAUUGCCAUUAAUGUUUAAGAACACUUGAGCCCAGACUAUGUAAAUUUUGUGUUUUCAUGAAUUAUAAGAUUUACUAGUGUGCCAGAUAUGUGAC